GAGUUCAAAAUAAAACCAGACUUUCCAGAAUCCAUCUACAAGAGAAGCUUUCUUGUUCGAUAAGCCAUAAUCUCUGUUUCUUAAGGUCUCACUCUCACCUGAUUCAGGCUCCCUCACUAUCGUGUAAAUAGAUUGUAUUUGGCUUUUCUUAAGACACCAUUGUUUGGAGGCUCUGUUCACUGCUGUCGAGCCAUGCUUAUUCACAUACUACUUGGCCUAGGCUGCAAAAAUUCUUGCCAACUUGAUCGUAAUGGGUUCUGGGAUAUUAGGAAGGGCUUUGGUCCAAGCAUACCGUCAAGCACUUCAAAAUGCCUCAAAAUCUGGUGUUGCUCAAGAAGCAUUUCAGAACCCCAUUCGCAGAGGUAGAAAAAUCAUGACCGAACAAGAAGCAAGGGCAAUUCUAGGUGUCACUGAGAAUACUGCCUGGGAGGAAAUCUUGAAGAGGUAUGAUUCUUUGUUUGAGAAUAAUGCUAAGAAUGGGAGCUUUUAUCUUCAGUCAAAGGUACACAGGGCUAAGGAAUGUUUAGAAACUGUCUACCAAAGCAAAGGUCCAGAUACAGCUGCAGGUUGAGAAUCUGCUUCUCUAGUUUGUGAUCUCAAAAACUAUAAAUCUAUUAUAAGGGUUCUUCUGGAGCCGGAGCUGCUGUGAAGCCAACUCAUGAUGAAGCCAAUUAAGCUAUGGACUUUCUCUGCAUCAUAUGCACAGUUGGAUUUUAUCCAUCCCGAACUGCUAUACUUUGCAGAUGAAUAUCAACCUCUUUAGUAUUUGAAACUUUGUAUGAGGGAAUAUUUUUGCAUCUUUUGCCAAUCCAGCUGAAAUUUGUCUGUGACAAGUCUGUAAGGGUUCAUACUAAUGGAAAUUUGCAUUUUUUCCCCUCCUUGUA